AUGGCCUCCCUCUUCUCUGGUCGAGUUCUGAUCCGAAACAACAGUGACCAGGACGAACUGGAUACAGAGGCAGAGCUCAGCCGCAGGCUGGACAACCGACUGGUGCUGCUGUUCUUCGGCGCUGGGUCCUGUCCCCAGUGCCAGGCCUUUGCCCCGAUUCUCAGGGACUUCUUCAUUCGGCUCACCGAUGAGUUCUAUGUGCUGCGGGCAGCCCAGCUGGCCUUGGUGUAUGUGUCUCAGGACACCACAGAGGAGCAACAGGACCUGUUCCUCAAGGACAUGCCCAAGAAGUGGCUCUUCCUGCCCUUUGAGGAUGACCUGAGGAGGGACCUCGGACGCCAGUUCUCGGUGGAGCGGCUGCCCGCCGUCGUGGUGCUCAAGCCGAGCGGGGACGUGCUCACGCGCGACGCGGCCGACGAGAUCCGGCGCCUGGGCCCCGCCUGCUUCGCCAACUGGCAGGAGGCGGCGGAGGUGCUGGACCGCAGCUUCCUGCAGCCCGAGGACCUGGACGACCCCGCGCCGCGCAGCCUCACCGAGCCGCUGCGGCGCCGCAAGUACCGCGUGGACGGGGCGGGGCGGGGCGCACACGGCCGGGCUGCGGGGGGCGCCCCCGGGGCGGAGGGCGGGGCCGGGGAGCUGUUCUGA